AUGGCUGAUAAUAACAUUGAUGAGCCAGCUGAUAUCCCUCGAAGAUUAUCAUUUAUCAGCGCAACGAGCGAAGAUCAAACUAAUGGAGCAAGCAAAAUCGCCAUCAUGACAAUUGAUCCAUUAAAAAACAUAUCAAAUUCAACUGAACAACCUCCUUCUAAUGACACAUUACCGAUGUUUUCCGUUCGAAAGAUUUAUAAGAAUUUACUCAUAAUUUCCAUCGCUUUCGUUCUGAUGUUCACUGCUUAUAACGGUAUGGUGACAUUACAAUCGAGUUUAAAUGUAAAAAACAACGUCGGUGUGAAUUCGUUGAUUAUUACUUAUUCAUUUUUGAUUUUCAGCUCGAUCGCACUCAUUGGUGUUUGUAUGGAUCUUUUUGGUCUCAAAUGGACAAUCAUUAUUGCCGAAAUUGGUUAUAUAUUUUAUAUCGCAGCUAAUAUAAAACCUUUGCCAGUACUCAUGUAUAUCAGUGCUGCACUCGUUGGCUUAGCAGCCGCACCACUAUGGACGGCGAAAGCGACGUAUUUGAAUCAAAUCGCUCGUUACCACUCAGAACACAAAAAGCAAACGCAUGAGAUAUCCGUUAGUUUGUUUUUCGGCAUUUUCUUCGCACUUUUCGGUACAAACACAAUCUGGGGUAAUCUGAUUUCGUACUUCGUCUUGAAUCAAUCGAGCACUGCCCAGAAAUAUAAUUGUGGAAUUCAUUUUGAUCCUCAAUCAGCUGCACCGACAAACACCACACAAGAUGUGAACGAUACUACUAGAUAUAUUCUUUGUGGGAUAUUCACUGGUAUGGGAUUUUUAUCAAUGCUGUUGCUAUUUUUCACACUUGAUUCAGUUCAAUUAACGCAAAAGCAAACGAUGAAACAAUUGUUAAACAAGAGUUUGGAAGUGCUUCUAUCAUUGAAGAAAUGGAAAUAUAUCGAUCAAUUUUUUCUCAUUCCAAUUACAAUGUGGACAACGAUUGAAACCGCGUUUUUAACCGCACAAUUCACUCGUGGCUUUAUCACUUGUCUAGUUGGUAUUCGUUACGUUGGUUUGGUUAUGGUAUGCAACGGUAUAUUUCAAGCAUUGAGUAGUUAUGUUUUCGGUCGAUUGGUAAAAUAUACUGGUCGAAUAGUUGUCUUUAUUGUUGCGGCAUUGAUCAACUACGCGAUGAUUAUUUUCAUGUUUCUUUGGGAUCCGCAACCAGAUCAACUGAUUCUGCUAUUCGUUAUUGCCGGAUUUUGGGGCAUCGCAGAUGCUAUUUGGCAAACACAAGUGAUUGCGACUUACACAGUUCUCUAUUCGGAAACGGACCCAAGUGCAUUGGCGAAGUAUCGUCUUUGGAAAUCGGUCGGGUUUGUUAUAACGUACAGUUAUUCCAGUUUCAUUACAAUUCGUUUGUCUUUGAUUCUUCUUCUCGUUUACUUAUCUCUGAAUAUGCGAACGAGUCAACGCUAUCUUCAUACUUGUACUCCGAAAGAAAAAAACAUGGCUGCACGUUGUCUGUUCGGUAUAUUUGUUUUCGACAAAGACUCGUCGUUAGUUUAUCGAUUUUUAACAAAUGAUCUCUUCAUACAUUUGCGUACAUCAUUCAUCGAUCGAGGUUAUUCGUUCGAUGAUAAUGAUCAAGAUCAUUCGAACAAUAACUUGUUGAUUGAUGAUACCUUUGCUCAACAUUUCUUUAUGUUGAUGGCUUUCUAUAAACAAACGUUAUAUCGAAAGAAUCCAAUUAAACAAAUCACUUUGAAAUCAAAUAUUCGUGUCUAUUUCGAUUUGAUCGAAAAGAAUCAAAUUAUAUGUAUGGCAAAUGAAACAUUUGAUAAUAUCAUAGUGCUGAAAACUCUCAAUCUGUUCAAAGCAUUAAUCAAGUUUCAUUUAGGUGCUCUACCUUUCACGAAAAGUAAAACUGUCGGAAAAUUGAUCGAUCGAAUAUCAGCUUCUAUGCAAUAUUACCUGAACAAUGUUCUAAUCAAUCAAGGACUUUUAUUCGAAAGCUGUGAACAUGUUCUGAUCAAUCCACUGAUACGUCAGCAAUGUGCUAAUACUUGUACGAGUACUAAUGAAGAAAUCCAAGCGACACUUCACACAAUACCAACAUUCACAUUGAUUACUUGCAAAGAUAAAAUCGUUUACAUGCACUCCAGUAACGAACAGUAUCGACCAAGCAAUAGUGACAUGUUCUUAUUAGUAUUGAAUAACGUCAGUCGAUCCUUACGGAAUGAGUUUAGAGCACAAAAGAAUCCUUCAUCGAGUACUAUAGCUCAUACGUACAGAACGAAUAAUGAAAGCAAUGCGGAAAGCUUAACACGGUCAACACAAGAAACAUCGGAGGAUAUUCGAAUUUUACCAGCGCGACGUACAAUAUCAUUACCCACUUUUCCUCAAUUAGAAAUACCAAAAACGCAUGGAAAUCGCCGUAUAGAAGUUAUCUUUAUGAAAACAACGAGUAAAUCACUCGUACCAUUCACAAUGUAUACCGUACAAUUGACCCUUGACAUUUCUCUUGUAAUUCUUGUUGAAUGGAAAACUAGUGCAGCUUGUUCUAUCUUAUCAGAAUUUAUUCACCAACUUGAUCUAUGUCAAGUUCAAUCACGGUUUGUGUAUACCCGUUUGAAUAACUACAUAAGAUCUAUUGAAACAAAUGCAACCAUUCGCGGAUAUUUCGAACGUCGGAAAAUUCGAACGAAUACUCUUUCAAAUAUUCUGAAUAAGAUUGGCCCGGAUUACAGAUCACUUCGAAGACCACGCGAUACCAUUAACGAAGAGGAUGACGAAGGACAAGACAUUUUAGCAAAUCUAUCUCAGUUGACUGAGCAUUCUAUUAAAAUUUUUCAACAUUUAUUCUUCGAAUCGGAUGAGUAUGCACUGGAAAACGAUCAACAGACUGAUUUAUCUGCCAACGAAGAGUCGGUGAUUGAAUCGCCGUUUAUCAAAAUUCUUCGAAAUAAAUUCUUCAAAAACCUGGGCGACUGGUUUUCGUUUAUUGAAAUCAAAUCCCAACGAAACGUCACCAUGAGUUUUUUUCACAACGCUUUUCCUGGCCUUGUACAUGUCGCAUUCAUUGAUCGCUUUCGCGGACAAAUCUUCACACCAAAUAUAUACACCGAUGAAUUUCAACAGUAUAUCACAAAUCAUGGAUUAGAACAUUUCAUCGAAAGAAAAAUACUAACAUUUGAAUUGGAAUGUCUUUCUGCACUAAAACGUGGCUGCACAUCAUAUACAAUGACAGAUGAAUAUUUCACAUACAAUUAUACCUUGAGAUUGCAAGAGAGUAACGGUUCAGCUAUGAGAAUUCAUAAACCUUUUGUUCAAUAUCAACCGCCUGGCAUUGUGUACUUUGACUUUUAUAAAGCACUAGGUUUGGAAAAUUAUUCGUCGAUGACCGAGAAGGCAGCAAUCGGUUGUUUGGAACUGAUCUGUGUACAUCUGCGUAUCAUCCCACCGAAUAAUGUUCGCGAACAAUGUGAAAACCUUUGGCCACGUUUAACAGAGCUUGAUGAAAAAUAA